AUGACAUCCAUAUCAAAGCUGCGGAUAAGCAGCAUUUUACCGUCUAUAAAAUGCUCCAAUUGUGAAAAUUAUGUUGAAUUAUCAAAGAUGGGAGAGCAUAUAUGCGAAAAAACAAAGGGAGCAUGCAAAGAUGCAUCUAAAGACUAUUCAUAUUCGUCCUCGCUGCCAGAUGGGUCUAAUUCGCCUCUAAGAUCAACGAGUAUAGUAAAUGAGAUGUUUCUGUAUCCCUCAACUCACAACAAAUCUGUGUCAUCAGAUGAACUUGCAUAUAAUAAUGCAGUAAAAAGCAAAGAAUAUCUUCAGAAAAAACGGCAAGUUUUUGAGCGUUUGAAUGCAGUGAUGCCGGGACCAUUAGGACUACGUAGUCAUUCGAAUACAGGAGAAACAAAAUACAUAGAAUCAGGUCAUUCGGAAGGAAGUUUAUUUUUACAGCAAGGAACACAGAAUAAAAGUCCUAAAAUGUUUACAGGACGGUCUCCAUCAUGUCGGCGGGCAAAUGGUAUAUUAAAUCAAUCAAUGCAUGAAUUUAAUGUAUCACCGACGAAGGAGAAUUAUAAGAGAAAAAUAUCACAAGAAAUAGGUGAAGGAGGUGUAAAUACAGGGCAUGAACAGGGGAUUUUGUCGCCUGUGUAUCAGAAUAAUGAAAAAGCAUCAACAUUGAAAGAUCGGUCGAAUUUAAGAGAGUAUAGGGGGGAGAAAAACCACCAAAUAGCGGAGAAAUUGAAAAAAGGGAAGAAUGAUAAGUUGAAUUAUCAUUCAUCACAUGGUUUAAAGAAAGAAUCUAAAUUUCCGGAUGAAAAUAGCGAAAAACAUUUGCUAGAGUGGGCACGGCGAGAUAAAGAGCUUUCUUCAAAGUUUAUUGAAAAAACACCAAAUCCUGUUACAUCAAUUCAAGAACAUGUUUCGAAAAAUACGUAUCCAAGAAUAUUUAAUGAUAAAAAAUCAUCUAGCAGUAGUAGAUAUGGGUAUUUCUUUGAACGAGACAGCAAUUCCACUAUUUUUUCGACAACACUUUCUACCUCAAGUAAUAUUAGUAGAGAUGAAAAAAUAUCUCUGUUUUCUAUAUCAAGUCCUAAUUCCGAUCUUUCUAUUUCAGACACUCUUUUAGGAGAAUACAAAAACAUUUCUAAGAAUGAUUUGCACGCCGAACCCUUUGACAAAGUACUUAAUAGUAUGGAAAGCUCUUUUUGUACAUUUUACACUCGCCCUGGCGAUACACUUAUACCCCAAAAUAAUUACCAAAAAGAUUCAAUCAACGAUAAACAUAACUCGAAUUUUCAUUGCAGAAGAUGCAAUAAAUCCAUCGAAGGCAAAUCCAUUCGAUGUUCAGAUGGCAAAAUUUUGGGUCGAUUUCAUCGUGAAUGCUUUAAAUGCUUUGAACCAAACUGCCAAAUUUUGUUCACCUCUUCAGAAGUCUAUGUCUUUGAAGGUGAACCGUUUUGUGCAAAACAUUAUCACAUCCUAAACAAUUCUUUAUGUGUUGCAUGUGGGGAGGGUAUAGAGGGAAAAUACUUUCAAACAGAAACGGAUGGAAAAUACCAUUUUUAUUGUUUUAAAUGUUAUUCAUGUAAAAAACAACUAAAUGAUGAAUAUUUCGAUAUCAAUGGCAAACCGUUUUGUGAAACCGAUGCAAUAAAGUUAUUAAAUUUGAAAGCACUUCCUUGUCAACAUCUAGAGAAAAGAAAAACUAAAAUACUUAUGAUGGGUGCAUUUUGA